AUACAUCCCCCGGCGAAUAUACUGAGUCCUUCCCGCCCCGCGAAAACCUCCGAGCCACCUUUCGAACACCGAAGUUUAGAAGACGCAAAGCAAGAAAAUGUCCGCUUUCCGAGCCCUAGCCGCGCGCCGCGCUCCCUUCGCUCUCGCUCAGCGCGCGCCCUUCCACGCCUCUGCUAUGCGCGCUGCGGGCAAGGAGUCGCAUCUCCACGACGAGAGUCGCGCUGCGGAGGUGCAGAGUCACAAGGAGGAGCAGCAGCAGAAGCGGAAGGAGGGCAAGGGCCACUGGGAGGAGAGUCUUGCGAGUGACUCGGAGAGCAUUGUCAAGGCGGAUCGCGGCGAGGUGGAGACGAGCCCCGAGUCGAUUAAGAAGCUGCAGGAGGAGACGGCCAAGGUUGCGGGGGACAAGUCGCGCUCAUAAAUGUCGAUUAGAUGUUAGCACUGUGAAAAUAGGUUGAUUGUGUGCGAGGG